UGUGACUGCAUGAUGCAUUAUGUCAGACCAAAAGUCAUGCUUUCCACACAGCUGACACACGAUCGCCGUGCACUGUGACACUUUGAUGACGCCAUAGAUGUCAUCCGGGAAGAAGGUACACACAAAGGGCCACCGCUUUAAUCUGUCAUAUAACUGGGCUCGACCACAUCCUGCGACUGGACACCUGUCAUUGGGGCGCACUUCCGGUAACGCCAGUACCAUUUUCCCUUACUAUAACACUUGUACUGGAUAUUCUGUCUCAUCAUCAAAGGUGGUUUUUCUGGACAAAAUAAACAUUUAGCUCACCUUGCCAGAAUGCACCUGUGUAUUGUGACUGUGUUACUAUCGUGCCUCUUUGCACGGACACUGGGGUAUUCCUUUGGAGCUGUAGAAAUGGCGUGUCCAUCAAUGUUUCCCCUGGGACAUCAUGGAACGGCACCGCAGACAGUAUCAUCACCGUUUAUUAUCAAAGUAUCCGAUACAAGUUAUUAUGAAAAGAAAAAGAUUACAGUGACGCUGGAGUCCCGCUGUAAUCACAUGUUCAAGGGCUUCCUCAUCCAGGCCAGGAGAGCUGACCCGCGCUAUGACCAGACAGAGUUCAUCGGGACCUUCACUCCCGUCAUGAUGACCCAGGGAGUCUGCGGACCAUCAGGGAACAGCGCCUUGACUCACAGCAACAACCAGACCAAGACCAGUCUAGACUUUGUGUGGCAAGCACCUGCUGGGCUCAAUGACCAUAUCGUGUUUAGGGCGACGUUUGUUGAGAGCUAUAGCACCAUCUGGGUCAACGUGACCUCUUCCAUUGUCACGGGCAACCUGCAGAUUCACGUGCCAUUUCAGACCACGUGGCUUACAAGGAACAUGUACCCCUGCUCUAUCAAGGACGCCCGAUUCACAAUGGACCCCCGCUGUGGGGACACUAUGGGUUGUUUCCACGACUGUGAGGCCCUGGGAGGGUGUUCCAUGUUGGUGUCAUGGCAGGACAGGGGGUGGAACGUCCCCACCAUCGACUUCACCAUCACCACCGUCCAUCUCGGCCUCGGGGACAAGUGGGUCGCCAUCGGCUUCUCUGAAGACACACAGAUGGGCUGGGACAGCGUCACCGAGUGUGUGGAGGUAGGCACAGGCAUCUUCUUCUACCCCUCCUACAACAUCGGCCACUCCAACAUCAGAAUAUCACAGUAUCCGGUUGGCCUGACUCCGGUUUCCGGUUCGGACAAAGACGGCAUCUUCCAAUGCUCCUUCCGCCGGAAGAAGGUUCUGUCUGGCGAUGAUCGUUUUUACGACCUCAACAAAGAUUUCUACCUCCUCGUUGCCAGCGGUCGAGCCACGCCAGAGGGUAACAAGAUACAGCACACGUGGCGACCGUGGAUCUCCAGCGUCACCAUCGACCUCCAGAAACACACCAGCAUCCACGUGAACACCCUGCCCGAGCAGCCGCCUCGUCCACUGUCCCACCCGAAAACACACCCACACCAACACUCACUCCACUCCCACCCGACAAGCGUGUAGCCUAGCCCCCGUACAUCAUGUAUUAAAUGUGACUGAUUCCUCC